ACAUGCUUUCGGCCUUACUUCCUGCCUUCACCGGUUGAGGAGCGUGCAGCACUCCUUUCUCCACUUCGUCGAGUAAAUCGAUCUUGCUUAGUGCCAAACAAUGUCGCGAAUUGUCGAUCCGGCUUUCAAGCAGCUCAAGGGCUGCACAGAACUGAGAGUCUUCAGGAUAGAGAAAAUGCAGGUUGUGGCGUUGGAUCGGGCGGGCUACGGCUACUUUCACACUGGAGAUUCGUACAUCGUGUUCAACGUAGACAAGUACGGUCAACCUCACAUUCAUUUUUGGUUGGGCAAAGAGACAUCUCAAGAUGAAGCUGGUGUUGCAGCCUACAAGACAGUCGAGUUGGAUGACUUUCUGGGUGGCUUGCCAGUUCAGCACAGAGAGGUGCAAUUCCACGAAUCAUCUCAGUUUUUGUCAUACUUCAAGAAAGGAGUACAUUACCUCGAAGGUGGUGUAGAGAGUGGCUUUAAGAAAGUCGUUCCAGGAGAAUAUCGAGAGCGACUGUUGCAAGUCAAGGGUCGUCGUAACAUCCGAGUGUGGGAGGUCAAGAAAGAGGCUGCUUCUUUGAACAAAGGUGACGUCUUUGUUUUGGAUCAGUACCAGCACAUCUGGGUGUGGAAUGGAAGUGAAAGCAGUCGUCUGGAACGAGCUAAGGGAGUUGAAGUAGCUAGAGGACUACGAGACUUGGAACAUGCUGGUCGGGCACAGAUUCACAUCUAUGAUGAGGAUGAGACAGGAGUAGAUGAAUUUUUCAAAGCUUUGGGAUCGAAGGAGAGCCAGCUUAAAGUGGCAGCUGCUAGUCCUGACGAAGAUGCAUUUGACAGAAAGAGUCAGAGCCGACCAACUCUCUACAGAGUGUCUGACGCUAGCGGUCAACUUGAAGUAAAAGAGGUGGCGAAGGCUCCACUGAAACAAGAGAUGCUGGACACCAACGAUUGCUUUAUUCUUGACUAUGGCCAAGGUGGUCUGUUUGCAUGGAUUGGCAAAAAGGCAACGAAGGACGAGAGGGCUGCGGCGAUGAAAAAUGCAUCAAAUUUCAUCAAAGAGAAAGGCUACCCAACUCACACACCAGUUACUCGUGUUAUCGAGAAUGGAGAAGUCUCAACCUUUAAGCAGGCCUUUGUUGGAUGGCGUGACAAGGGAGAUCUUGGUGCUGCAGGAAUUCUCCAUCCAAGAGGAAAGAAGCCAAAGACUGUUGUGACACAAGAGACCAAAUUUGAUGCAGCGGCUAUGCAUGCAAAAGCACAGAAAGAGCCAGUUAAAGUGAUUGACGAUGGAUCAGGCAAAGUCGAGGUGUGGCGUGUGGAAGACUUUGAGUUGCAACCGCAAGAGAGGAAGCUGUAUGGGCAGUUUUUUGCUGGAGACAGCUAUGUUGUCCUUUACACUUACGAAAUUGAUGGAGUUGACCAUUACAUUAUCUAUUUCUGGCUGGGCAAUCAAAGUAGUCAAGAUGAGAAGGGCGCUGCAGCUAUCCAUGCAACAGCUUUGGAUGACAAGUAUGGAGGAAGACCUGUUCAAGUGCGUAUUGUGCAGAUGAAGGAACCUGAACAUUUUCUACGCAUGUUUGGUGGCAAAAUGACCAUCCACUCUGGUGGCAAGGCCAGUGGUUUCAAGAACAGGGCAGAUUCUGACUCAUAUGAUGUGGAUGGCACUCGACUGUUUCAUGUUCGUGGCACCUCUCCAGGUACCAUGCGAGCUGUCCAAGUUGAAGAGAAAGCAGCAUCUCUAAAUUCCAAUGACAGUUUUGUACUAGAAACACCUGCAGCAACGUAUCUCUGGUAUGGAAAGGGCUGUAGUGGUGAUGAACGUGAACUUGCCAAUCAUCUUGGUGGAGCUGUUUCACCUGGACGAGAGCCUAUGAAAGUACUGGAAGGAAAAGAACCAGCAGAGUUUUGGGAAGCACUUGGAGGCAAAACAGAAUAUGCCAGUGGAAAGCUGCUCGAGCAAGAGGUUCCAGAGAGGCCACCUAGACUCUUUCAGUGCUCUAAUGCUUCUGGCAAGUUCCGUGUUGAAGAAAUUCCCGAUUUCACUCAAGAUGAUCUUGUUGAAGAAGAUGUAAUGAUCUUGGACACCUAUGAUGAGGUGUUUGUCUGGAUUGGAUCAGGAGCCAACCAGGUUGAAAGAAAGGAAGCUCUGACAACAGCAAAGGACUAUGUGAGCAGUGAUCCAUCAGGCCGUGACCUGGACAGCACAACCUUGUACCAAGUCAGGCAAGGCUGUGAACCAGUCACAUUCACAUGCUGGUUCCAAGGAUGGGAUCCAUCUAAAAAAGGCGUUGGAUAUGAAGAUGCUAAAGCCAGCCUCCUAGCAGAAAACAAGGGAAUUACACUGGUGAAGGAGGAACUAGUGAAAUAUGACACCAAACACCCUCUUGAAGCUCUGAAAAAGCCAAUGGAACAGCUACCGCAGGGUGUUGACCCAUUCUAUAGAGAGCGUCACCUUAUCGAAGAAGACUUCCCUAAGGCAUUCGGCUUGUCACGUCCAGAUUAUGAAGCCCUUCCCAAAUGGAAACAGAUCCAGCUGAAGAAGAAAAUUGGAUUCUAGAGACAGGUACCCAGUACAGGACAAUUUUCGUCCCGCAUUGACAGCAAAAGUAGCUGAUAUGUUUUGCAUGUGUUGUCUUGAUAAUUGUUGUUGCAGCAUGCAUUGCAGCUCAAUAAAUUUCUUUAACGAUCAUGUUUCA